CCCAUUUUGUAUCGUGUGGACUGUGGACCCUUUCGUAUAAAUGGAAGCCGUCAUAACUAAACCCUAAGAUUUCGACCAUUUUCCGUAUCUAGGGUUUCAGACGCAGCCUCCACCCUCCAUUGCAGCUUGCAUCUGCUUUGAUUACACUUAAUCAAAUGGCUCGGAUCAAAGUUCAUGAGUUGAGGGGCAAAACCAAGGCUGACUUGUUUGCUCAGUUGAAGGAUCUUAAAGCCGAACUUGCUCUUCUCCGUGUCGCUAAGGUCACCGGUGGUGCGCCCAACAAGCUCUCCAAGAUAAAAGUUGUGAGGACAUCGAUUGCACAGGUGCUGACUGUUAUCUCACAGACCCAAAAAGCCAUGCUUAGGGAAGCUUACAAGAACAAGAAGUAUCUUCCUCUUGACCUUCGUCCCAAGAAAACCAGAGCUAUUCGCAGGCGUCUCACCAAACAUCAGGUUUCUUUGAAGACAGAGAGGGAGAAGAAGAAAGAGAAGUACUUUCCUUUGAGGAAGUAUGCAAUCAAGGCAUAGAUAGUGAAACCCUUUUUUUCUUCAGUUUUGAAUUUGGAUUUGUGUACGUUUUUUGUUUAAUUAUUAUCAGAGUUUUGAUAUUAUUUGAAGGUUGUUAGCAUUCAAUUAAAUAUUGGAUUUUGCUUUGAAGUUGA